GGCUUGCAUUGCAACCAGGGAGACCCCGGCACUGGAGCUCUAGGAGCUAAAUACUUUUACGUAAUUUUUAGGAACCACCGGCCCAGGCAUACAGCUGCGACGUUGUGCUGCAGCUUUGCACCCUUGAGGCAACGCUGGUGGCAAAAAAGCAGCGAACAGAGCGGCUGAGAGCAAUGGCAGAGAAGGCGCUCCGCAAGCAGCACCAGGCCUGGCGGCGGAAGCGCGAGGUAGCCGAUGUAUCCGCCAGGAUCGAGCUCCAGAAGCAGCAGCUGAUGGAGCGCACGCGGCAGGUCGAGGAGGCGUCGAGCUUUGUCGAAGCCGCUCACGACCACAAUGAGGAUCAGCAGCAGCAGGCGAGGGAGGCACAGAUACGACUGAAGAAAGCAAAGGCAGCGGUGCAGCAGCACCGGGAGAAGCUGCGCCAGGACCGCAUCAUCUCUGAGGACCUGCGGGCAAUGCUGGCCAGGCGGCGAGCAGAGUAUGCGGCAGCACUGCUGGAGACGUACCCGAUUGGAACCGACGAUGCUGGCGAGUGGUGCAUCUGCGGGUUGCGGAUACAGGAGGAGGAGGCGCUGUCAAUGGUGGCGAGGGUGCUGAGCGUCUUGGCAAGAAUCAGCGCUGUGCCGCUGCGAUAUCCCGGUCAGAAUCAGCGGAGCACGUUGGGUAGUGCGCAGCCCGGUGGCUAUACCGGCCGAGGUGCCGCUGGCACAAGGUGUGCGGUGGCUUGAGGUCAACGUCGAGCAGUUUCUGGAGGCAUUUGGCGUCACCGUUAAUCGGCAGCCGAUUCUGGCUAAUUUGGUUCAGCUGCUGAUGACGGUUGAGGCAAGUUCGUUUGCAAGGUGACGGCACCU